AUGGCGGACAUCCAAUUCACAACGCCCUACGAGGCAGUCGCGCGCAUUGCGUACCUCGCUAGCGACGUCGUCGUUUCCGUCCAGCCCGCUCAGGGCCAGGACUCCGCGUUCUCAAGCCACCUCAAGAAGUAUGCGGCCGCAAAGACGCAGGGCCUCGUAGCGAAGACCGCAGACGCGCUGCCAGAGGUCCAAUCUGUUCGCUACAACACAGACCCCCUUCUGUCCGUCUUCGCACCGAUCCGCUCGGGCCGGUUGACAUCGGUCACCACUACCUCGAGCGUCCUCCUCCCUUCGAUCGCCCACCUCUACAAGCUCGCCAACUACCCAGUCGUCCUCCAUGUCGCCCUGGGGCCCUCAGAACUGCCAGACUACUCGGCGAUAACAGCCAUCAGGAAUUCGGGCUGGACUUUCCUGCAAUCUGAGUCCGUUCAGGAGGCGCAGGACAUUGCCAUUUCUGCCCAUGCCCUUGCCGUCAAGUCCGGCAAGGGUGUCAUUCACUUCUUCGACCCAACGAGCUCCUCGCAUGACAGGCCAGUGACAGCCGACUCAAACGAGAACAUCAGCCAGCUCCUCAGCCUAGACGAUGUUCGGCGGUUCCAGGCUGGUGCCGCUCAGGAUGGUGGCAUCUAUGCGGACGAUGGCCGGGUUGUCAACUCCUCCGUGCAGCCUGAGGUUGCCACCAACGGCACAACCGCGAACCUCGCGGACUCGACCGUGUUGGGUGCUGCUUCUAAGGUCGCUUCUUCUCAAGUAUCGGCGAAAUCCAGCGAAAAGAGCGAGUCGAGCGCUGCCUCUAGCGCGUCCGUGGCCACGACUGUCGAGGCUGCUGCGGUGCAACUGAGCUCUGAGGAUAUCUACAACUAUAUCACCUCAAUUUGGUCUCAGAUUAAGCAGCUCACAGGCCGCGAGUACAGCCCCUUCGAGUGGUCUGGUCCUUCAACCGCUGAGCAGGCCAUCUUCGUCUUUGGCUCCGACGUCGGCCUGUUCGCGCAAGCGCUCGAUGCCGCAAAGCCUACUGACGUCUACGCCCAGGCCGGCCUCAUCACUGCGAGACUAUACCGGCCCUGGCUUGGCGCGAAGCUUCUCGACGCCAUUCCCAGGAGCGUCAAGAGAAUCGCGGUCCUCGAGCAGAUUUCCAAGAAGACCACUAAAUGGGGUCCUGUCCUGAUUGAUGUCCUGACUUCUGUCAAGAGCGGCCCCGGUGGUGUCGAGACCAUCAUCGGACACCAGCUGGGUCAGAUCGAGUCGGACACCAUUGAGCAGGCUCUCCGUGGCAUCUUCCAAAACCUGUCGUCCGAGAAGCCUGUGCAGAACCUCGAGGUUGGCAAGACCUCGAUAUCUACCGGUUCUGGCGAGUAUGGCCUCCAACAGCCAAAGGUUGAGACUGCCUAUACAAAGAUCCUGGACCAGCUGUUUGGUAAGCGUGUCUACAUGGCCAACGCGCUCAAGUCCAGCAACACUGGCCUGACGGAGACGAUCGCCGCCAGCCCCGAGUUCGGCUUCGGUUCGCUUCUGGCUCGCAAGGAGCACCGUGAACGCUUUGUCAAGGAAGUCAAGGUUGCUGCUAGCUCCGGCAGCUUCAUCACUGCCUCUCCAGUCGACUGGCUGGCCAAGUGGGCUGCCAACGCCGAAGACGCGGCCAAGGCCGGCGAGCUCGCCGACGAUGUCAUUGCGCGUCUUGAGACCGAUGGUUCGUCCGUCGCUCGGCAGCUGCUUGCCAGCAAAGGCCUAUUCCGCAAGGAGUCUCUCUGGUUGGUUGGCUCGGAUGCUUGGUCGUAUGAUCUUGGCAACUCUGGUGUGCAUCACGUUCUGGCCUCUGGGGAGAACGUCAACAUGCUCAUCAUUGACUCGACCCCCUACUCAGAGCGCAACACCGCUGAUGCCUCAAGGCGCAAGAAGGACAUUGGCCUCUACGCCAUGAACUUUGGCAAUGCUUAUGUUGCCUCCACUGCCGUAUACAGCUCAUACACCCAGGUGCUGCAGGCCAUGCUCGAGGCCGAUAAAUUCGACGGACCCUCAGUCGUACUCGCAUACCUGCCUUACUUUGGCGAGCAUGACUCUCCUCUGACAGUCCUUCAGGAGACCAAGAAGGCUGUGGAUCUCGGAUACUGGCCUCUGUAUCGGUGGAACCCCGAGAACGACACCAAGUCCGAGCCCAAGUUCUCUCUUGACUCUGAGCGCAUCAAGAAUGAGCUCAAGGAGUUCCUUGCUCGCGACAACCACCUCACACAGUUGAUGAACCGUGAGCCCAAGUUUGCCGCUACCCUUGCUCAAGACUUCGGCACUGAAGUUCGCGCUCAGCAAAAGCGGAAAGCGCGUGAUGCGUACAACCAAUUGCUCGAAGGCCUCUUCGGCGCGCCGCUGACUAUCCUUUUUGCCUCUGAUGGCGGCAACGCUCAGUCGAUUGCCAAGAGGCUGGGCACGCGCGGUCGUGCCAGAGGUCUGAAGACAACAGUUAUGGCUAUGGAGGACUAUCCUGUAGAGGAUCUAUCUAGUGAGGAGAACAUCGUCUUUGUCACAGCUACAGCCGGACAGGGCGAGUUCCCUCAGAACGGUCUCUCCUUCUGGCACACCGUCAAGGACAGCACGGAUCUCGACCUGGCGUCUGUUAACUACUCCGUCUUUGGCCUGGGUGACAGCCACUACUGGCCCCGCAAGGAGGACAAGGUCUACUACAACAAGCCUGCGAAGGACUUGGACAAGGCCUUGACCACUUUCGGCGGUAAGAAGCUUGCUGACAUCGGCCUUGGUGACGAUCAGGACCCGGAUGGAUACCAGACCGGUUAUGCUGAGUGGGAGCCUAAGCUGUGGCAAGCACUUGGAGUGGACAAUGUCGAGGGUCUUCCGGAUGAGCCGCCGCCGAUCACCAACGAAGACAUCAAGCUUGCCUCGAACUAUCUGCGUGGUACCAUUCUUGAGGGUCUCAACGACACUACCACAGGAGCCAUUUCUGCAGCCGAUCAGCAGCUGACCAAGUUCCAUGGUACCUACAUGCAGGACGACCGUGAUGUUCGGGACGAGCGCAAGGCUCAGGGAUUGGAGCCGGCCUACUCCUUCAUGAUCCGUUGCAGACUUGCUGGUGGUAUCUCGACACCCAAGCAGUGGAUCCAGAUGGACGAUAUUGCCACCACCCUCGGCAACGAGACCAUGAAGCUCACAACCCGACAGACCUUCCAGUUCCACGGCGUGAUCAAGAGCAAGCUUAAGCCCGCCAUGCAGGCCAUCAACAAGGCUCUGAUGACCACCAUUGCUGCUUGUGGUGACAUUAACCGAAACGUCAUGUGCAGCUCUCUGCCUACCGAAGCUGGCUACCAGAAGCAGGUUUGGGCAGUGUCCAAGCUGAUCAGUGAUCACCUGCUACCUUCUACUAAUGCUUACCACGAGAUCUGGCUCACCGAUGAGGACGACAAGAAGACUCAGGUUGGUGGCAACGCGGUACAGGACUUUGAACCCCUGUACGGUCCUACCUACCUGCCCAGGAAGUUCAAGAUCACCAUUGCGAUCCCGCCCCACAACGACACUGAUGUCUACGCCCACGAUGUUGGCUUGAUCGCCAUCAAGGGUGACGACGGCAAUCUUGUUGGUUUCAACAUCCUCGCUGGUGGUGGUAUGGGUGCUACGCACAACAACAAGAAGACCUAUCCCCAGACUGGCCGCAUGUUUGGCUACGUGCCAGCUGGCGAGGCCCACAUUGUGUGCGAGAAGAUCAUGCUUGUCCAGCGCGAUUUCGGUGACCGCAAGAACCGCAAGCACGCCCGUCUCAAGUACACCAUUGACGACAUGGGCGUCGAUGUCUUCCGUGGCAAGGUUGAGGAUCUGUGGGGAAAGAAGUUUGAGAAGGAGCGCCCGUUCCAGUUCAAGAGCAAUGUCGACACGUUCGGCUGGCAGAAGGACGAGAAUGGCCUGAACCACUUCACCUUCUUCAUUGAGAACGGCCGCAUCGAGGACACUGCCGAGUUCCAGAUGAAGACUGGUCUGCGCGAGAUUGCCAAGGUGCACAAGGGCGAGUUCCGCCUGACCGGCAACCAGCAUCUGAUCCUCAGCAAUGUCGCGGACGCCGACCUGCCAGAGAUCAAGGAGCUGAUGAAGAAGUGGAAGCUCGACAACAUCCAGUUCUCGGGCCUCCGCCUAAGUUCGUCUGCCUGUGUGGCGUUCCCAACGUGCGGCCUCGCCAUGGCCGAGUCGGAGCGGUAUCUGCCGGUCCUGAUCUCCAAGCUGGAGGCGUGCCUCGAGGAGAACGGCCUGAAGCAGGAGUCGAUUGUCAUGCGCAUGACGGGCUGUCCCAAUGGCUGCGCCCGCCCUUGGCUCGCCGAGGUCGGUUUCGUCGGUAAGGCCUUUGGCGCGUACAACAUGUACCUGGGUGGCGGGUACCACGGCCAGCGGCUCAGCAAGCUCUACCGCUCGUCAAUCAAGGAGGACGAGAUCUUGGCCAUCAUGAAGCCCUUGCUGAAGCGGUAUGCGACCGAACGCGAGGAGGGUGAGCACUUUGGCGACUUCUGCAUUCGCGCCGGCGUCAUCACCGCGACCAAGGAGGGCCGCGACUUCCACGACAACGUUGCCGAGGAGGACGAGGAAGAGGAGUGA